AUGGCUUUGUCGCGGCGCUGCCUGCUCCCCGUCCUGCUGGUGGUCACUCUCACNGUGGUGUUCGCUCUUCACGGAGCAGCCGCCGGGAGUGAGGACGACGUGUUGGUGAAGACGCCGUUGGGCGUGGCGCGCGGCCUCGUGGGUCCCGGCUUCUUCUCCUUCCGUGGCCUUCCCUACGCCGAACCGCCGGUGGGCAAUCUGCGGUGGCAAGCGCCCGUGCCCAAGGCCUCGUGGGGACCCAACGUGCUCGACGCCUCUGCGUUUGGGCAUUGCUGCAUGCAGCCGGGACACUGGAGCGACAUCAGCGAGGACUGUCUCACGCUCAACGUCUUCACGCCCCAGAACGCCACCUUCGGUACCUGA